AUGACAGCGCAUCACUCCUAUGCGCAGCUCGACGGGCAAUGCAUCAGCGGCGGCGACGGCCAGCGAGUUAUAGGAUGGCAUGUGUACGAGGGGGGGGCUCCCGGGACUCUGGGGACGGAUGGGGCGGCCAACCAGGGUCGCAAGCCGCCGCCUGAAUCGAGGGAGAGGCGCUCGUUCUUGAUUUCUCAGGCUGUGUUUCGGUUGACCCAUGGCGGGAGAUACUAUUGGAUUCUUACCAAAACGAUCCAUGCUGCUCAUCAUGACCAGCAUGAUGAUAGCCUCCUUGUCCUGGUCUCUAGCAAGGACCCCUCGGAUCCUUUCUCUCCUGCGGUGUCUCGCCCCGAUGCCCCUCCUGCUCCGAUCCGUGCGGGCAGCGCGCUCCGACACUGUGCGCGGCGCGGGCGAAGCGAAGCAGAGCAGCAAAUGGCGCCAUUGUCGCUCGGACGUGGCCAAGUCAUACUGUCCCGGCGGCGACACAGUGCAUUGUUUGGCUCCGAUUGGGCCCUGGGGUCUGCGCCGUGGCCCUGUAGCGCUCUGUCCCCCUUCUGUGGCUCCCUGGGGCCCUCGCUGUGGCCCUCGCUGGAUCGCCGGCCGGCUGCCCCCACACCUGUGCAGCUGCAGAUGUGCCUUGGCGGCGCCCAUUGGCUGCUCGUCCCGGCCCGGGGCUGGGCGACAGAGCUCACCGCCUCUUCAGGCCCCCGCUCGCGAUGCCUCCAAAUCAUGCCAACCCGCCGACCACCCACUCCAACGUCCAUCCAUCUCCUCAAUCCCAUCCAUCCAUCCACCACCUUGCCAGACUGUACAGACCACCACCACGGCACAGUAACACCACGGCCUAGGCACCCGAGAAAAGAAAAAGAGCGUCCCGUAGCGCCUUAUCCAGCUGGCCUGCAGCAAACCGUUUCGUUUCUCUUCGCACCCCGGACGCUUCCCUCUUCUUCCUUUUUCCCAUCUCUCCCCGCCGUAAUCCUGAUCAUCCCUCAACGCACCGAGCGUGCCACUUGCCAACAUCACGAAAGAGCGGUGUCAUCGGCUCAACCUUCAUACAAUACGCCCUUUGCUCGCAUCCAAGCGGAACGCUUGACUGUUCCUCUCCUCUUCUCUCCCAGAAUGACCCUCGACUACAAUGUCAACGGCGGGGGCGAUGCCUUACUCGAUCUGACCUUUGAACAGCACCAGCGGGACCGGGCUGCUGCGUAUAGCUACUCAACCACAACCACAGCUCACUCGAGUCCAGGGCCUGCGUCCAACCUCGUCACUGGUUCUUGGUCUCUUCCCAUCGACAUGAACGCCAAUGCCCACAACUCGCCUCCGGGAGCUCGAGGCAGCUCCCCCGAGGAAUUCCACCCAAACUCGCCUCUCUCACACAUGUCCAGCCCUCACAGCCAGCACUCGCCGCUGCAGCACUCGCCCUACCAGCAACACACGAACCCUCUAACCGACUGGGCUCUUCACCACCAUCAGCAACAGGCGGCUUCCGCUGCGCAGCACCAGACUUUGCCCGCUCACGACUUGACACAUUACAUCCAGGAAUCUACGCUGUUGAACUUCAAUGCCUUUCCCGGCUACCACCCUCUCGAAUAUCUACCGGCGACGACGCAGGCUGCGUUGCAGACUCAUUUGCUCGAGUCGCCCUUUAGCUCGAUGCCUGCCUUGGAUGACAACGCACACGCAAUGCACUGGGGAGGCGCAGGAAUGGGAAAUUGGCAAGACUUUCAAAACACUCUGCAGCUCGAGGGUCUGCCAACUGUUGGCAGCAAUUCGCCCACUGGAACUUAUCUUGAAGUCCUCUCCCUGCCAUCCUCGUCAUCCGGCGAUGGGUGGGCAAUGGUAGACUGGGGACAUCCUGGCCAUGAGCUAUUUCAGCCCGCCCCCAGUGCCGCCAUUUUCAACCCAUCGCAGACACUUCAUCUGCGAACCAACUCUGAUUCUUCAGACGGUGGCAACUCGGUCGAGGUCGGUAGCUUCGAGGAAAUCCCCCCCUUCCCUUCGCCUUUCUCACCAGACUCUGAUGGCCAGGCGGACAACCACAACGGACACCGAAAUUGCUAUUCUGCCGACGGUCACCACCACAGCCAUGACAACGGCCAUAGCCAUAGCCAUAGUCAUAGCCACAACCAUAGCCCUACCACGGUAGCUGCCCCGGUCCCCAUCAAGGGCGAGUCCUCCACCCGCCACAGCCCCGGCAGUGGAGCAGGCUCAGUGUCUCCCUCUUCGUCCAGCACCACCUCAAGGAGGAGCGCCGGCGCGGGCAUUCGCAAGAGCCCAAUUGCCAAGACGCCCAAGACCGUCGUCAGGCGCAUCUCCAACGGAAAGAAGGAUGGAUCUACCGAGAAGAAGGUUGGCCGCAGAAAGGGCCCUCUUUUGCCAGAGCAGCGAAAGCAAGCCAGCGAGAUAAGAAAGCUUCGUGCUUGCCUGCGAUGCAAAUUCCUUAAGAAGACUUGCGAUAAGGGAGAGCCCUGCGCUGGAUGCCAGCCGUCCCACGCUCGUCUCUGGCAAGUCCCCUGCACUCGAAUUGACAUCAAGGACAUUGGCUACUUUAUGAAGGACUGGAAGGCCGACUAUGAGAGGCACAUGGACCGUGGAGUAUCUGUCUACAACGUCAAGGGCUUCGCCCAAAAGGAGACUCUAAUGUGGAUCACCCACGGCUAUGGCUUUGCCCUGCCUGUCAUGGUUCGCGAGGUCUACGUCGCCGACGACAGUUGCUUCUCCGUCGAGUGGGUCGAGUCGUAUGUCACCACCAACGACACGAUUGACUUUGAGACUCGUACCGAGAAGCUCGACGUCGGUGCCGAGGGCAUCCGCAUUGAUGCUCUCUCUGAGUAUCUCGACAAGCACAUUGAGGGCCCCUUUGAGGACUUCAUUGACGACCACUUUGAGGGCACUCCCUUCAUCACCGAGAUCCUCAAGACUGCUCACCGAUACUACGUCAAGGAGAAGAUGCCUGUCAUCCGAAAGGCCCUUAAGUUGGUCCUUGCUUACAACUUGACUAUGCACAUCACCAUGGUUGAGAGCCAGGGAUCCGAGAUGCCGCUUGACGGCCAGAUCGACGAUGAGGACUCCAAGUACUAUGGUCGCACCGUUGCGCCUGUCAUGAUCAACUUCCAGAUUAAGUGUGCUCUGGCUGACAUGUGGCGCGAGCUUCAGAAGGACAUCCUGGAGGAGCUCUCUGCUCUCUACUCGGGUGUCUACAGCGGCGAGAAGAUGAAGAACUGGCCCACCAUCUUCCUCCUGGCUUCCAUCCUCCUGGCUGUGUGGGAAGAGAUGCAGUUUGACUGCCACUACCGCGUUCCCGACCCCGUGGCGGUGAACAAGUUCUGCAACGACAUGGAAACCACCCCUGUCGGUGUUAUUGUGGGCCUCUUCCACGCCAUCUCUCAGAAGCUCCCAGCCUUCACCGACUGGGACACCCGUGAGCACGGCCACCUGCUUCACAACAAUGUCGCCGUCUGUGAUGCCAUGACCGAGGUGCGACAACAUGUCAUCAAGCAUGAGGCUUACUUGCGAACUCGGAGAGAAGCCAAGUUUGACCGCUAUGAUUUUGAUUCGCUUUCAAACAAGUUCUUGUCGAAGCUUGUUAUUCGGGCUAACUAA